AUGGAAUUGGAAGUCGACGAGAACGACUUGAAAGCCGCCGGCGCCGAAAUCUUCGUCGACGGUGGCCGGAGAGGCAUUCGCAUCCACGGUUGGCUGAUCGAGUCUCGCAGAAACUCCAUACUCAACUCCUCAAACGUUCAAGAGUGGGAAAAGAAACUUGUGACUUCUCAUUUACCUGAAAUGGUUUUUGGGGAAAAUGCUUUGAUUCUGAAACACUUGAGUAGUGGAACCAAAAUUCACUUUAAUGCAUUUGAUGCUCUUUGUGGAUGGAAACAGGAAGCUUUGCCGCCUGUUGAAGUUCCGGCCGCGGCUAAAUGGAAGUUUAGAAGCAAACCCUUUGAGGAAAUAAUAUUAGAUUAUGACUAUACAUUUACAACACCUUAUUGUGGAAGUGGUGCUAUUGAGAUUCAUAAAGAUCUGAUCUCCGAGCAAACCGGCGAUCUCCGUUGGGAAGACUGCAAGGAACAGAUUGAUUUAGUUGCAUUGGCAUCCAAGGAGCCUAUACUUUUUUAUGAUGAGGUGGUGUUAUAUGAAGAUGAACUCGCUGAUAAUGGAGUAUCACUUCUUACUGUAAAAGUGAGAGUCAUGCCAAGUUCUUGGUUUCUUCUCUUGCAAUUCUGGCUUAGAGUUGAUGGAGUGUUGAUUCGACUGAGGGAAACUCGUAUGCACUGUGUAUUUGGUGGAAGCACAAAUCCUGUUGUACUUCGGGAGAGCUGCUGGAGAGAAUCUACUUUUCAAGCUUUGUCUGCGAAAGGGCACCCUUUUGAUUCUGCAGCGUAUAAUGAUCCAAACAUCAUCAGCCAGAAGCUCCCCAUUGUCAAACGUGCGACCCAAAAGCUUGUAUUUUCCUCUUAA